AUGUUAUUUAGAGUAUCUCGGCCCUUAUUAGUUGGCGGGUUAUUAGCGUAUUUCAGCCCCGAUGAAUCUAACUCUACUGACUUGACAUAUGCAUAUAUUUAUGCAUUUGGAAUAGUAAUUACAUCGUUAAUCACAAUGAUAUUGCAACAUUCAGGUUUUGAAAAAAACUUCCUGUAUGCGGUGAAGAUACGAGUUGCUUGCCGUUCUAUAAUAUUUAGAAAGGCAUUGUGUUUAAGUCAAAAAUCUUUAAGUGAUACUUCCAGCGGGGAAAUAAUUAAUUUAAUAACGAAUGAUGCUAGUCGAUUCGACCUAUCAGCGACAACAAUACAUUAUAUAUGGAUUGGUCCCUUGAUAACAAUUGUGGUCACAUAUUUUUUAUGGCAGGAAAUUGGAGUAUCGUCAUUGAUUGGAGUAUCUGUGCUUUUAUUUUGUAUUCCAUUACAACAAUGGUUGGGGAAAAAAAUGUCUGAAUAUAGUUUAAAGACGGUUAAAAUUACCGAUAAAAGAAUAUGUUUAAUUAACGAAAUAAUUUCAGGAAUACACAUAAUCAAAAUGUAUACCUGGGAAAAAUCUUUUACAAAACUCAUAGAAAACACCAGAAAAAAAGAAAUUAAACAAAUUCGAAGUACUUUAAUUCUAGGAUUUCUUAAUUAUUCGUUUCAAGUAGUUCAAAGUAAGUUUCUACUGUUAACAAGUAUUGUAUCGUUCAUGUUACUUGGAAACAAUAUCUCAAUCAGAAAAGUUUUUGUAGUAAUUGCAUUAUUCUCUAUAUUAGUACAACCAAUGACAAGGUAUUUCAGUCGAGGUUUAAUACAAUUAGCCGAACUGAAAAUGUCUUUGAAACGCUUGCAGAAUUUUAUGUUGCUCGAAGAAAAAGAUAGCGAAAUCCCAAAUAUUUUGAAAUCUGCCAAACCAUUAAAAAUUGAAGCUAUAGAAUCGGAUAAUAUUACAGAUAAUAUUGAUGUUAAAAAAAACACAAAAUCUUUAAAUGGUGUUAGUAUUGUUAUUUCGAACGCUACUGCAAAGUGGACAGACAAUCAAACCAGUAACACUUUAGAAAACAUUAAUCUAAAUAUAAUACCAGGAAGUUUAGUGGCAAUUAUCGGUCCCGUAGGAGCCGGAAAAAGCUCAUUAAUACAAGCAAUUUUACGUGAAUUGCCUUUGUCCGAAGGCAAAAUAUCCGUGCGUGGUAUAGUGUCUUAUGCAUCACAAGAACCAUGGCUAUUUGCCGGCUCUGUUCAACAGAAUAUACUUUUUGGUUUACCGAUGGAUAAAGAACGUUACAAACAAGUUAUAAGCGUAUGUGAAUUGAAAACUGAUUUCAAACAAUUUCCACAUGGCGAUAGAACUUUGGUGGGUGAAAGAGGAAUUACUCUAAGUGGUGGUCAAAGAGCGAGAAUAAAUUUAGCUAGAGCAAUUUACAAACAGGCUGAUAUAUAUUUACUGGACGAUCCUUUGUCAGCAGUUGAUACUAGAGUUGGCAGACAUUUGUUUGAGAAAUGCAUCAAAGAUUAUCUAAAAGAAAAAACAUGCGUUCUUAUUACUCAUCAAGUACAAUAUUUAACUGAAGUCGGUCAAAUUAUUUUAAUGGACAAUGGUAGUAUAGUAGCUGAAGGUUCUUUUCAAGAAUUACAAGCCUCCGAUUUAAAGUUUACAAAAUCACUUGGAUCUUCUGAUAAUGCAGGAUUAAAUGAACCAGAAAAUGAUAUUAACAGCAGUUUAAACGUAGAUUUGCUCGAUUCUAAUAAAAGUAUUUCAUCGUCCCAUAAUGAUGUUAAUAUUAGUGGAUUUCUAGAUGUAAAAUCAAAAAAAUUAAAUAAAAGUCGGUCGUCUGGUCGUGUUUCGAUAAAUGUUUAUCUAUCGUAUUUAUCUGCCAGCGGGAGCGUUAUUAAAGUAUUUUUUGUACUUUUUUGUUUUAUUUUAAUUCAAGUAUUGACUACUGGUGGUGAUUAUUGGAUUAGCUUUUGGAUCACUCAUGAACACAAGAACUCAACAGGAUAUAAUAAUUUAUCAAAUGAUAAUGGUGCAUUAUCGUCUAGUAAUUUAAUCAGUUCAUUAUUGUUUACGUCAAGUUUUCGUCAAGUCUGUAUGAUCGUGUAUAUAUUUAUAAUAAUUUUUACGGUCGUAAGCAUUAUCAUCAGGUGUGUGACAUAUGUAUCGUUUUGUGCGAGAGCUUCAAUAAAUGUGCAUGAUCAAACGUUUGAUAGUUUUAUUAAAGCCACUAUGUUUUUUUUCAAUACUAAUUCUUCUGGUGACAUGUUGAACCGUUUUUCAAAGGAUAUAAAAAUUAUUGAUGAGAUAUUGCCAUACAUCUUAAUGGAUUGUUUGCAACUAUUAAUGUUACUUUUGGGAGUCAUAUUUAUUGUUGGAUAUUUUAAUAUUUAUCUCAUGGUACCGACAUUUAUUAUGUUUGUAAUAUUCUAUUAUAUUAGAAUCUUCUAUUUGCCUACAUCAAAAAGUAUCAAACGGUUAGAAGGAGAUACACUAAGUCCUGUACUUGCGCAUAUAAAAGAAACAUUACAAGGUAUAUCAACAAUAAGGGCAUGCAAAGCAGAACAAAUUUUAAUCAAUGAAUUUGAUAAACAUCAAGAUCUAAAUUCGUCGGCUUAUGAGCUGUACGUUUGUGCGAAUCAAGCAUUUGGUUUCUGGUUGGAUUUAGUCUGCAUUAUUUAUAUAUGUAUUGUAGUAUUCAGCUCCUUUACUGUUGAAAAGGAUAAUCAUGGAGGAGAUAUUGGUCUAACUAUUACUCAAAUAAUUACAUUGACUGGAAUAAUUCAAUGGGGAAUAAGACAAUUAACAUUUUUAGAAAACCUAAUGAUUUCUGUCGAAAGAGUCCUUGAAUACAAAGAUUUACCCCAAGACGCUGAUUUUCAAUCUUCUUCUAAAAAAAUACCUCCCAAAGGAUGGCCCUUUUUAGGAAAAAUCGAAUUUCGUAAUUUUAGUCUUCGUUAUAAUCUAGAUUCGCCAUACGUUUUAAAAAAUCUCAGUGUUCAAAUUCAACCAACUGAAAAAGUCGGAAUCGUUGGUAGAACAGGUGCAGGUAAAUCGUCCUUUAUCGGGGCAAUGUUUAGAUUUGCUCUGAAUGAAGGAUCUAUCUUAAUAGAUGAUAUAGAAAUACAUGAUUUGGGAUUACAUGACCUGAGAUCUAAGUUUUCUAUCAUCCCACAAGAACCAGUUUUGUUUACAGGAACAAUGAGAACAAAUUUAGAUCCAUUUGAUGAAUACCCUGACCUGGUUCUUUGGAAUGCUUUAGAUGAAGUAGAACUUAAAAGUGUCGUUGAAAGUUUGCCUGCUGGUUUAAAUUCAAAAAUCUCUGCUUUUGGUUCCAAUUUCAGUGUCGGUCAAAGACAGUUGUUAUGCUUAGCCAGGGCUAUAGUUCGAAAUAAUAAAAUUAUAAUAUUGGAUGAAGCUACUGCCAACGUUGAUCCGCAAACCGAUGCAUUGAUUCAAAAUACAAUUAGGAAUAAAUUCAAAUCAUGCACAGUAUUAACAGUUGCUCACAGAUUGAAUACUAUUAUAGAUUCUGAACGGGUACUUGUUAUGGACGCGGGCACAGUAGUUGAAUUUGAUCAUCCAUAUAAUUUGUUGAAAAACGAGAAUGGAUUUUUGUACAAAAUGGUAGAACAAACGGGAAUGGUUACAUCUGAACUAUUACACAACAUGGCCUCUAAGAGUUUUAAUGUUCAAACAAAAUGAAAAUCUGGAAUUAAUUGCCAACAAUGUAUAGGUUCAGAUAUUUAAUCUUAAAUAAAAAUAUUUAAUUUUGUUUUGUACAUGUAUAUGACAUAUAUAUAUAUAUAUAUUAAUGUGUAACUAUGGUAAAUCGUUGAUGAUAGUACA